GGCCCACACUAACAUGGCCGACCCCGCCAUAAUCACUAGUUUUGCCGCGUAAUUGUGUACCUUGCCACUAAUCACCGAUGACUCACCUGCCACGAUCUCGACCUGUGCGAUUGUGGAUUUUGUUGUGAUUUGUGAUAAUUUAAAGUGUUUACUGUGAGGAAGGAAUUUGAGAUGCAGUUACUUCCGAGGCACAUCUUUCUUCCCCUGACCGUCUACUUCGCUGUCCACUGUGUGGCUGAAGACCCUGACCACACCGGCCUGGUCGCGUCCCCUGCUCUUCUCUUGGGUCCUGACAUGCCACUGACUCUCCCACUCAAGUUCUGGGCCAACUCCCGCAGGUCGGCGCUCAAGCCUAGACGCCGGGAUCUUCAUGAGCCCACCCUCCUCACGCUGCUCGGCCAGGACUACGACCCACGGUGGAUGCGCACCGCCAGGCAUAAUGCCAAUAGUGACUCAGAGGAUGAACCAGAGAGAAAGACAGUUCGCGCGCUGCGAGCACUCCUCAACAACUCCACCUCAGGAAAGGCAGAUCAGCUGCAACUCCCCGAGGGGCUGCCACCAGAGUACCGAGAGCUGGUCAAGUCAUGGCUCGUCCGCAGAGCCACUUGUCCUAUCCGCUUCGUUUGGAACGACCUAGGGCCGUACUUCUGGCCGAGGUGGUUGAGAAGAGGGGAGUGUGUUGAGGAGGCGACCUGCAGCUGGCCCCCGGGAAUGGGGUGUGUUCCUGGAGGAGCGAGGAACCUGAACGUGCUUAGGUGGCAUUGCAGGCUCAGAAAGAACAUGCACGGAAAGAAGAAGAAGAGUGAGAACAAUGUGUGGACAGCAGCGACUACGGAACAUCAGAGGUCUCAGGAAUCUAUGAACAAAAGGAAGAAAAGGAAGAAAUAUCGUUGUCUUUGGAUCAAAGUACCAUAUCCCGUACCCGAGGACUGUGUAUGUGCUUGCUCUUGAACAUGAUGACGUCACAGCAGGAGUAAAAUCUCCCAUGAUGUCACUACGAGUUGGAGUAUGUACUCAUUAACGUUUAUCUGCCAAUUGACUGUGCCAAAAAACGUUGAGACCGGGCUUGUGAAUGUCCAAGAAUUACAGUUAUGUGGUAUCGUUUUAUUUAUACAAACUGUAUUUUCGUUGCUUGUUACAGAUUAUU